UACACAUAUUCUCUCAUGGCUACUAUGCAACACGCAUCAGUUGCACUGGUAGUGGGAGUUACUGGCAUGGCGGGCCUCAGCAUUGCCCAAGCACUUAAAAGUCCAACAGCCGAGGGUGGCCCAUGGCUAGUUUACGGUGCAGCUCGACGGCCCAAGCCCACUUGGUUCCCAUCCUCAACGGUUGACCACUUCUUAACCUUUGACGCCGUCAACUCUGAUGACACAAACGCCACUCUCUCUCCUCUCUCAACCAAGAUCACCCAUGUUUUCUGGGUCGCCAUCCAAGUGGGCCUUGACGAGAAAGACAAUAUAAAUACUAACUCUGUCAUGUUAUCCAAUGUGCUUAAAGUUCUCACCGCUCAUAGGCCCAUUAAGCUCCGCCACAUCACCCUCCAGACGGGCACUUCCCAAUAUGUGGGCCCAUGUCAUUUUACGGGCCCUUCGGAUGCGGCCCAACACGAACCUCCGUUUCACGAGGAAAUGGGACGGCUACCUUACCCAAACUUUUAUCACGCGCUUGAGGACGUGGUGAAAUCGUACAGCUCAUACUUUUCGUAUACGAUCCAUCGCCCGUCAAUCAUCAUAGGCGCGUCGUGUAGGAGCGUGUACAACGCGCUGCUGACAUUAGCAGUUUACGCUGAAAUUUGUAAGCAUGAAAACACCCCGUUUCGGUAUCCUGGGACUAAGUACACGUGGAAGAAUUUCAGUGACAUGAGCGACACACGUGUGUUGGCGGAGCAACACGUGUGGGGGGCUGUUAAUGAGAAGGCAAGAAACGAGGCGUUUAAUUGUACAAAUGGCGACGUUUUUACUUGGAAGAGAAUGUGGGGGGUUUUGAGUGAGGAAUUUGGCGUUGAAUUCGAGCUGUUGGAUGAAGAGGGUGAGUUGUUUGAUCUUGUGGAGGAAAUGAAAGAUAAAGGGCAAAUGUGGGACAAGAUUGUGGAAGAGAAGGGUUUGGUUAAGACAAAGUUGGAGGAGAUUACUUGCUUUGCUGCAAUUCAAUAUGUGAUGAGGUUUGAUUUUCAGCUUGUGAGCAGUAUGAAUAUAAGUAAAGAGUUUGGGUUUUUUGGUUAUGUUGAUAGUUUUAAAAGUGUUAGGUUUUGGAUUGGAAAACUCCGGGAAAUGAAUAUAAUACCGUGA